AUGCUUCCUUCGAUCCUUGCCUCUGAUCCUGAUGCUGCAGAGAAUGCUAGUCUCAUUUACCGCAUUCGCGCCGGUGAUCCAUUCGAUCUGUUCAAACUGGACCCUCGAAGCGGAGAACUCUCGGUUGCAAAAGACUACAGCAGCUCCACCCAGUACAUGGGUCAGUACCUCCUUUUCUUGGAGGCUGCCGAUCGUGGAUCACCACGACGUUCCAGCGAGGCACAAAUUCUUGUUCAUAUGGAUGACUCAGAGCCGUUGGGUCGAGUGGAACGGGACAUCUUUGGCUUCCCCAUUCGUACGUCAAGUCGUGGUGGCAGUAGCGUUGGGGCAGCAAGCAGUCGUAGCAUGAACCUUUACAUCAUCGCCGCAAUCAUUGUCGCCUCUUUUGUAAUCUCCAGUGUCCUUCUGGUGGCUAUCUGUUUGGUGGUCCGAAGAGCAAGGACGACGGAGCAGAAUGGGAGAGGAGUAGGGCGGUACUGUGGUGGUAGCGGUGGUGGGAGAGAUGGCAGUGGUGGUCUCCACAAUGGAUCCCUUUUCCGUGACACGAAUAUUGGUAAUGGGUAUCUGAAAUCGAUGUCACUAUCGCUACCUCAAACAAAGUACGCAACGUGUGACCCCUUGGAAGAAGGUGAGCGGAUUUGA